GCGAAGAGGUAUGUAUUGGCUAUUCCGAAAUUUGAGAUUCCUUUUCCUCGCUUCUACCAUGGAAUUUGUCACAGCUAAUGAUCAAUGCAGGACAGAAGUAAACAUACAGGGAAUGGCUCUCAAACGCUCUGUCUUUAAAAGAUGGUCAGUGGCGACUCCUCACCUUUGCGAUGUCAAAUGUGGACAAGAGAUCGCGUGCCAAAGUUAUAACUACAAUCGAAAAUACCAAAUGUGUGAACUAAAUAACCGCACCAAGGAGGCGAGACCGGAGAAUUUCCUUUCAGCCCCCUCGUGGUUUUACAUCAGGCGAUUGAACGGCAGAGCUCCUUUGGGUUCUAUUCCUGAGUUACCGGCGAUAUCCUGUCUCGAAAUAAAGGCGAGUGAAGGUAAAAACACCAUCAGCGGCAAGUACUGGCUGGAUCCAGCAGGAACUGGGAAGGCAAUAUUGAUUAACUGUGAUAUGGCUAGCGGGGAUAUGGAUGAAUGUAAAUAUAACAUCAGUGACUGCGAUGUGAAUGCAAACUGCACUAAUACGUACGUUUCUUACAAAUGCACUUGUAAAGCGGGAUACACUGGCGAUGGACACUCAUGUUCAGAUGUCGAUGAAUGCAGCAAUGGAGACCAUACUUGUGAUGAGGAUGCAAACUGCACCAACACCAAAGGCUCUCACUUUUGUAUCUGUAUGGAUGGAUAUACUGGGGCCGGAGAGUCAUGCCAAGAUAUUGACGAGUGUAAAGGAAAUCACUCUUGUCACGUGAAUGCUACAUGCACGAACAUCAAAGGAUCUUAUGUUUGUACUUGUAACCCCGGAUAUAUUGGAAAUGGAAGCGACUGCACAGAUGUCGAUGAAUGCAGCGAUAAAAUCCAUGUUUGCGAUGUGAAUGCAAAGUGCACAGACACCAAUGGCUCUCAUAACUGUACCUGUACGGAUGGAUACAUUGGGGAUGGACAAUCAUGUCACGAUAUCGAUGAAUGCAGCAAUGGAAGCCAUAUGUGUGAUGUGAAAGCAAACUGUACUAACAUUGGUGGCUCUCACUGCACCUGUAAGAAAGGCUACACUGGAGAUGGAAAACGUUGCCAAGAUGUCGAUGAACGCAGCGACCAUGCUUGUGAUGAGAAUGCAAACUGCACCAACACCAAAGGUUCUCACUUUUGUACCUGUAAGGAGGGAUAUACUGGGGACGGAAAGUCAUGCCAAG